CUUAUUAAAAAUCAUAUUGGUGAUACGGUGUUGCGCAUCGAGGGACCAUUUUGUACGUUUACAAUGUGUGGUGAUGUAGAAUUCAAGGUUGUUUCAUUAACCGGGGAGACUGUGGGGAAGAUCUCAAAGCAGUGGUCUGGUUUAGCACGCGAACUAUUCACCGAUGCUGAUUUCUUUGGCAUUAAUUUUCCAAUGGAUUUGGAUGUGCGCAUGAAGGCGGUUUUAUUGGGCGCUACUUUCCUUAUUGAUGCCAUGUUCUUCGAGAAACAAGCAAAUCAAGAAACUGAUCGACCAGGCAUGUUUUAAAUCAGCUUCAGCAAAAAGAGAAGCGAACAAAUUAUUUAAUCGAAAAAUAUACUAAAAUUUAUUAAAAGCGGAGCAACGGAUACAAUCUCUUCGAAAAUUUAUUUAAAACUACAUAUAAUAAAUAUUACUUCAAAAUGGAAUUCGAAUAUAUAAGAAUAAUUUAAGU